GCCACACCGCCAAACCACCAUUCAGAAUCGCCGCAUCACCAUUCGUCAAACAACAACAACGGCAGGUGCCAUGGCGUUCUCUGGCGUCGUCCACCUCAUCGCUCUCGUGCUCGUGCUCGCUGCCACCGCCGAUGCGGCCACUAUCACCGUCGUGAACCGGUGCUCCUACACGAUAUGGCCGGGCGCGCUCCCAGGCGGCGGCGUGCGUCUCGACCCGGGCCAGUCGUGGCAGCUCAACAUGCCCGCCGGCACCGCGGGCGCCAGGGUGUGGCCGCGCACGGGAUGCACCUUCGACGGCAGCGGCCGCGGCCACUGCAUCACCGGCGACUGCGCGGGCGCGCUCUCCUGCCGCGUGUCGGGCGAGCAGCCUGCCACGCUGGCCGAGUACACGCUGGGGCAGGGCGGGAGCCAGGACUUCUUCGAUCUGUCCGUCAUCGACGGCUUCAAUACGCCCAUGAGCUUCCAGCCCGUCGGCGGCGCGCCGUGCCGUGCGGCGACCUGCGCCGUAGACAUCACCAGGGAGUGCCUGCCCGAGCUGCAGGUGCCCGGAGGGUGCGCGAGCGCGUGCGGCAAGUUCGGCGGCGACACCUACUGCUGCCGGGGCCAGUUCGAGCACAACUGCCCGCCGACCAACUACUCGAGGUUCUUCAAGGGCAAGUGCCCAGACGCCUACAGCUACGCCAAGGACGACCAGACCAGCACCUUCACGUGUCCCGCCGGAACCAACUACCAGAUCGUCCUCUGCCCCGCCCGAAAUGAUUUACACAUGGAUCAGUAAGCAGAGGACGUACUACUCCUUGUAGUCUUCCUUACUUAUGUUGAUCAUCGAUCAUUUGUGUGUGUGCCCAUAUAUAUGCCCAUAUAUAAUGUCACAUGUGCGGGCGUGCAUGGCUGGUGCGUGCCAUUCAGCGAAUAAAUGUAUAAAUAAAAUGGAGGUGUAAUUUCUACGGUUAUAUAUGUGAAGUGCAAUUCUGUUUGUUC